CAGAAAGAGACACGGGUGCCAGCUCCGAGGAGCGAAAGUGCACAUCAGCUCAUCGGUGUGCGCCGCAGUGAUUCUUACUCCCGAAUUCUUUCGGGAAGGAAGGAAGGAAGGAAGCAUGCGAGCCAAAGCAGGAAUGCUGACAACAACAUCGCAGCAGAAGCCCGGGCAGUGCAGAAUGGAGGCGCCAGCGGGGCCAUGAGGAUCCACCUUCCCGUCAGUCCGUCCGUCAGCUCGAUUUAGAGUGACUCCAUGUACAUGCGAUGAAGAUGAAGACGAAUAUUAUGUGGAGAGGGUGUGGGCGGAGAGGCGAGGCCAGGUUUCGUGGCACCACCUACACCAGCGCCAGUGCCACCGCUGAAGAGUAAAAGUUACUCUCAUCUGAUAAUAGAGUAAUUUGAAACGAGCAUCUCAAAUCCGCACAAUUGGGCGAUUUGUUCGUUAUAUCCUGUGAAAGUUUCAGAUGAUAUCCACUUCAUAAUUAUUCGGACAUGGCGUUAAUGUGUGAAAGUGGGAUUGGGGUGGGCAUGGGCUUGGGGUGGAUGAGAUGGGCAAGUGGUUUUGCAGAUCCGCCGGCUGUCUACAGGGACGAUGAAGUGAUCCUUCUCUUCAGAUUACGCUAGUGAACGAGAGAGUGACGGGAGAAUAGAAGUCCUAUCCCCGCUGGAGCCCUGCUCAAUCCACGGGAAUUCAAUGCACAAUGAGAUGUCGAUUCCUGUUCAAUCUCGUUGCCUGCCGCAGAAUGUGCACUUCCAGCUCUUCGAGCCUGAAAAUUGGUCAGGCGACAGAGCCUCACACUCACGCGCUCAGUGGUGCCAGUCUGCGAGUUCUGUCACGGGCAUCCGGUCCAUCACAAAAGUGAGGCACGGACAGAGAGCAGGCGUAUCCCGCCGACACCUCUCAUGGUGUGCUUUUUUUGCACCCUUUGACAAAUGGGAACGAAUCCAGCUCCUGCCGGAGCCAAAGGAUGACAGACUGCUGCUUUUGCGGAUAAGCAAUCGAGUCAUGGAUCAUCCAUCGGGCAGAUGGCGAUUGGAGAUUAGGGUUCGUACGCGUGUUUGCAGUGCCUUUUAAAAGCACGGUGCGCUAGGCACUGCAGUCUCCAAUCGAGCGAGAGGCGAGAGGCGAGUGCGAGUAGGAAAUCUAGGAGUGAGUAGUAGUAGCACAUUAGGUAGGCUUGCUUGUGUUGUGUGACAUAAAUACUGUCACAAGGUGCGAAGAAUUUUGCUGGAUUUGUGUGUUCGUGUGAAAUUCGCAGAAACUUUGCGUCCGGAAAUGGAUCGCGACGAGGGCGAUGACUCGAUUUGGGAGAGCCUGCCGGACGAGGUGGUGGAGAAGGUGCUGUUCCUGCUCUCGGCUCGAGAGCUGCUGCAGCUCCGACUCGUCUGCAAGAGGUGGCUGCAGCUGAUCGACUCGCCGGCGUUCGACAAGGCGUGCACUCACAGGCCGGCGUUCCUGAUCUCUGGCGAGCACUGCACGGGAGAACGGGGCACGACGGCCUUCGUCUACAACACGUACCAGCACAAAUGGUACGAGCUGCGCGUCUCGUCUCUGCGCUUCAGAAAUCGCGUCUGCGACGGGUCGUCGAUCGUCGACCUCGGGCCAUGGAAAGAUGGCAUUCGCGUCAUCAACCGAGUCACCGGCUCGACGCUGCGCGAGCUGCCGCUGCCAGCCCCGUCCGUCUUGCCGCCUCGGCCGUCUGGCACCUCGAUCCACCCGUGGAAUCGCAAGGUGUCGCUGGUGGUGCAGAGCAGCAGCAGCUUCACGGUCAUCUCUGCGGGAAGCCUGAAAGAGCCCGACCGCCGCGAUUUCAACCAAUUUCAUGUCUACGACUCCAUCAGCAACAAGUGGGAAGCUGGCGGCGAGGUCCCGCAGCUCCAAAACUUCUCCUUCAUGCACGAGCCUUACGGAAGGGGGCAGCUGGUGAUGGCGGCCUGCGGGCCAUUCGUCUACCAUGUGGUGAUCGUCGAUCGAGGGGGGCCGUGCCCGGGCUACCGCCUCCUGGCGUUCGACCUCAAGAGGCGAAUGUGGAUCGUCAUGCCUGGAUCUCUGCCGGCGACGAUCCACCAGAAGAAGCGAACCACUCUGUUUGUGAGCAAAAGCUCGGUGGUUCUCGUUCUCCAGCGGGACCUCGAGGAAGCCGAUUGCAUGCGCAAUGGACACUGGGCCCCCGACGUGUUCUCGUGGGACGUGACUGGGUCCCCCGAUGUGCAAGCCUGGUCGGAGGUUUCGGUGUCGCGUCCGCCUACGAACCUGGAGUUUCUUCCCGACGAGGACGAGGAUUACGCCUUUCCUCAUUUCCGCUACAAAAUUCUGUGCCUGGGAAAGGGCGAUUACAUCAUGUUUGUCUGCCAUCGGGCCUGGGGAUCCCAGGUCCUGGUGUACGACAUGUAUACUAGGGCCUGGACUCUCACCAACUUCGGAGUCAAUGAUCUGGACUGGACUGUUUCGGAUUUGUCGUUCGUGCAGGUCCCCGUCUUAUCUGACUCUGAGCCGAUUUUGAGUAGGUAAUGUCGAGCGAUUCAGUCCAUCAAUGCAUCAGCCGCAUUCAUUACCUCGUAGGAAAAUCUUAAAAUUUUGGAUAAAAUUGAGAAAUUUGGCUAUCACAUCCUCACUGGAUAGAACGCGUAGGGUCUCUAGAUUUAUGAAGCUGUACGAUCAGGUUUUUUUUUGUAGAGUCUAUCUGAUGAGAGAUGGGCUAGCCCCCAAACACAACCUGCAGUGAUCUUUGGAUUUCCUUCUUCAUUCUGUUGUUAGUGUCAGGCACUGAGCUAGGCCUCGUGGUAGACUCCAGAGGUAGUGUUAGUGACUAUUUGGACCCGUAGUAUAAAGCUACUGCAAUUUUCAAACAUUUUCUCCCCGUUUCUUUCUAGCUCCGCAUGUAAGUAGGAUCCGGCUAGAACAUUGCCCCUCCAAGUAGAGUUACUAUAUAUGUAGAUCAUUCUGAGAAUUUGGCUAGAACAUUGCCCCACGAGUAUAGUUACUAUAUAUAUACGUAGAUCAUUCUCAGAUUUUGGCUGUAGUUUGCCCGCGAAACCAUUGCUGCGGAGCUCGGAUACUUUGCUAACAUCCUUAUAAAAAGAAAGAUGUGUGUCUCAAACUUAUCGUCCAAUUGCUAUCUGCAU